AUGGGCUUCGACAUCGCCGUCCCCUCGGCCGACGAGGCCGCCGCGGCGUCCGACAUCCACCUCCGGGCCAUGGACGCCAACCUGCUCACCCAGGCCCAGUUCCCCGGCCCCGCCGCGCGGGAAUUCUUCCGCGGCUGGCUGACGAGGAACACGUUCCAGCACGCCCGCGACGCCGACAAGGGCGUGCUCGUGGCCCGGGACCCGGCGAGCGGCCGCGUGGCCAGCUUCGUCAAGUGGCUCGUCCACGGCCCCGGCGGCGCCGAGGUCGCGGCCCGGGACCUCGAGGGCUGGUCCGACAUCUGCGGCACCGCCGUGCUGCGCUCGUACGGAGAGCUCGCCGAGGCGGCCCGGAGGCAGGCCCUGGGGACGAGCCCCUAUUACCACGUCACCUUUCUCUGCACGGAUCCGCAAUGGGGAGGCCGCGGUGCAGCCACGGCCCUCCUCGGGCGCGUCCAGGAGCUGGCGGCGGCAGACGGCAUGGCCAUCAUCCUCGAGUCCACCAUGGAGGGCGUGCCCCUGUACCAGAAAAUGGGCUUCCGCACCGAGCGCGAGCUCAACAUGACGCUUCCGCCUGGCGCCUCAACCGAGCCCGCCCAGCCUUACGAAGAGCGCUGCAUGGUCUGGACGCCACCCCACGCCCUGGGAGACUUUGGCUCAAAAAGACCGGCCCAGGCCUGA